GGAACGAGGGAUGUGGAUGUGGAUGUGGAUGUGGGUGUGCUGUCUGUGGAUGCUAGAUGCUAGAGGGCCAGGAUGCCGGAUGAUGGGUGCUGCAGCAAAGACAGUUGGAAAUCAGAAGUUGGGGGCGAGAAGUGAUGUAAGAAAUCUACCGAUCCCUCUCCCAGAACCAGAAAAGGCUGCAUGGUGGUUGGGCUGGGAGUCGCCAUUGUCAUUGUCAAGGACGGCGACGUCUUCGGACUGGCUUUUGCCUUUUUCCAGUCAACAUGCUGUUGUAUCCAUGCUUUCUGUGCCAGUAUCGGUGCGGCUUUCGUGCUACAGUCAGCUAGAAGUAGAAGCAUCAACCCAUCCACCACCACAACUCUACUGUACUGUGACCCAACACCUAUGGCUUGUGUAUCCAUGAACCGUAACCGCAUACCCACAGUAUCCGUACUAGGUUAUAAUACGAGCUAAAGAGCAAGAGCGGGGUCUUGGACUGCGGUAUCAGUAGAAGCGAGACGAGAACAGGAGGAGACCAGUCUUCGGUGGCAAGGCGCAAGCCACCCUCACUGACAGAAUACGCACGACACGCAAGACAAUGCAUGAGCAGCGCUGCGUAUGACCG